AUCGAAAAGAGGUGUGGUGAUACCUGUGUCAAUUAUGGGAUGAUAAGACGUACCAGGAGAAAUGUUAGAAAAACAAGGAAAAUCGGUUUGAGCUUAAAGUCCUCCAUACAGCUGGCUCAAAGCAUUUAGAAAGGUGCAAUACGAUGAGCGAGACAUGGAUGGAAAGGAGCUUGGACUUGUUGAUUUGUAUCACAAGACACACUUUAGUCAGAAAAGGCAAGCAUGGGUCCAUAAUGAAGCUGAAAUUAGACAUAAAAAACUUAAAGAGCGGGAGAAUGAAGAUAUAGAAGAUGGAUCUGGCCCGCUAUCUGAUGAGCAGCUUUCCAUUGAGGUGUUUGGCCGUAAGUCUAGCUACAUAAGUGGUUUAGGACGUGGUCCUAAACCUAGUACAACAGCAUCUGGUCGACGUACUCGUGCUGCUCUUGAGAUAGAAAAUGAGGAAACUAGAAGGGAGCUUGAAGAGCAACGGAGAAUCAAUAAGGAACUGAAUGCAAGAGUGCACAACUUGGAGUCUAAUAGCAUGGGGGUCAAUGCCAAGAUUGAUUUGGUGCUGCAACAGAUUAGUCGGGGAGGUUUUACUUUUGAUUUACCAACAUAGUAAGUACCUUUUGCUCUAGAUAGAUCUGUCAUUGUUAUAAAUUUAGUGUGUUUGUUAUUUAGAACAUUUGAUUAUGAUAACGUGCUUAGAUUAUGAUAGCCUUAUUGUGUUGAUUCUUAUUAUAGCUCACUAAUACUUCAAGUACACUGAGAUAACGUGUUUUUUCAUUAUUUGUAACUUGUUUGAUUAUGAAUGACUAUUGAUUAUUUAAUGAGGUUAUGUUGUGUUGAUUCUUAUUAUUUGAUUCUUCUUUUUGAAUUUUGGGUUGCAGGGAUGUCCAAAGGGUGUCA